UUCAUUCUUCUCGUCUUGUUCAGAUGACGAUGGAAGGCGGUGGACAACCUCAGCCGGCGGACACCGACAUGCCACACCACCAACAGCAGCAGCAAAUGGCAUUGGGGUUGGAGAAUGUUCCUGCAAUUCUUAGCCACGGCGGAAGGUUCUAUCAAUACAAUAUAUUCGGUAACGUUUUUGAGGUGACUGCUAAAUAUAAACCUCCUAUUAUGCCUAUCGGUAAAGGAGCCUACGGCAUCGUAUGUUCGGCAUUGAAUUCCGAGACGAAUGAACAAGUGGCAUUGAAGAAAAUAGCCAAUGCAUUUGAUAAUAGAAUUGAUGCAAAGAGAACGCUUCGUGAGAUCAAGUUGCUUCGUCACAUGGAUCACGAAAACGUCAGUAAUUGCAUCAAGGAUAUAAUCCCACCACCCAAGAGAGAAUGCUUUAAUGCUGUUUAUAUUGUGUAUGAACUGAUGGACACCGACCUGCAUCAGAUAAUCCGUUCGAAUCAAGCUUUAUCGGAAGAGCAUUGUCAGUACUUCCUCUAUCAAAUCUUACGCGGGCUGAAGUAUAUACAUUCUGCAAAUGUUCUGCACAGGGACUUAAAACCUAGCAACCUUCUCCUCAAUGCAAACUGUGACUUGAAAAUAUGUGAUUUCGGAUUGGCUCGUGUCAACUGCGAAAGUGAUUUUAUGACGGAAUAUGUUGUUACAAGAUGGUAUCGUGCUCCUGAACUGCUGCUAAACUCUUCAGAUUAUACUGCAGCCAUUGAUGUGUGGUCAGUGGGUUGCAUUUUUAUGGAAUUGCUGGAUCGGAGGCCGUUAUUUUCCGGAAGAGAUCAUGUGCAUCAGCUCCGAUUGCUUAUAGAGCUGAUUGGCACCCCAUCAGAGUCUGAGCUGGGGUGUCUGAAUGAAAACGCUAGGAGAUACAUCAAGCAACUUCCUCUUUAUCGCCGACAAUCUUUUACCGAAAAAUUUCCGACCAUCCACCCUUUAGCUAUUGAUCUUGUUGAAAAGAUGUUGACAUUUGAUCCCAGACAACGGAUUACCGUUGAGGAUGCACUUGGUCAUCCCUACCUAAGCUCACUGCAUGACUUAAGUGAUGAGCCGGUCUGCAUGACCCCGUUUAACUUCGAUUUCGAGCAGCAUGCAUUAACCGAGGAACAGAUGAAGGAGCUAAUAUAUCGGGAGGCGCUUGCACUCAACCCGGAAUAUAUGCGACAGUGAUGACUUCAUAUAUGCCAUUUACUCAUUGUGGCUUUGAUCAUUAUUGAAUGAUUGUUUUCUUCC